AUGGCAUCGUUCGGAGCAACAGAAAUAGUUCGAAAUACUAAUGCAAAUGGUCAACAAUUCAAUUCUACAUUCAAAAUCAGAGGCCAAGUUUAUCAUAAAAUGGGCUCACUGCUGCCAAUGCCAAACGAACCACAUAAAUUCUUACAAAUAUACUUUAUGGGUGGCGAUGAUUCCGGAAGCGCACUUGCCAAUCGCGUGAAUGCACGUUGUUAUUAUAAUAACCUUGAUUCACUUUAUCCCAGGCGCAUCGUCGGCGAGCUAGAUGCUCUUUUGAACGAGCACAACGAGUUUUUGAAAAUAUUCAAAUCACAUAUGCACCAAUUACAAAGCGAUAAUCACGCUAUCGUCAUUAAUCCUGAUAAAACACCAGCUGGAGAGAAUUUUCGUAGAUUCAAUGCACCCGUUGUUGAUGAUGUUGCUGGAAUCAUGGUUGGCGAUUGUACAGCUGCACGAGAAAUUGUGAUUCGUAGAAGAAAUAAUAACUUUCAGUUCAUUGCUGACACACAUCGUUUAUAUGACGCUCUCCAAUAUCCGCUAAUAUUCUGGAAGGGACAAGACGGAUAUUGCAUAAACAUAAAACAACGAGAUCCCGUAUUAGGAGUUGAAACAAACAAGAACGUUAGCUUAAAGGAUUAUUAUGCGUACCGAUUAAUGAUUAGACGUGGCCUGGACAACGUCAUUUUACGAUGUCGUGAGCUUUGUCAACAAUUCAUGGUCGACAUGUACUCGAAGAUUGAGAGCGAACGUCUACGAUACUUACGAUAUAAUCAACAAAAGCUGCGCGCGGAAGAGUACAUUCACUUGCGAGACGCUAUCAACAACAACGUCGACGUCGCCGAAAUUGGUAACCAUUGGCAAAAGCGAGGAUUACCUCCUGCACACAUUUUGGUUUGGUUCAUCGACAAAGUCCGUCCUGAAGAAAUCGAUAAUAUCAUUUCUGCGGAAAUUCCAGAUCCAUCCACCGACCAACUGCUGUUUGAUAUUGUUACAACAAACAUCAUUCAUGGUCCAUGUGGUACUCUUAAUAGUUCAUCGCCUUGCAUGGCUGAUGGAAAACGUACUAAAAAUUUCCCUAAAGUAUUUACCAAUGAUACGGUCACAAAUGUCGACGGAUACCCAAUCGAAGAAAUCCUGAAAAUGGCAGACAGUCAUUUAUUAAAAAUAUCAUCAACACAGACAUUGAUAUUGACAAUCGUUGGUUCUGUGAAGAGCAUCAAAUACAUUUGCAAGUAUGUCCAUAAAGACAGUGAUAAGGCGGUGUUUAGAGUGGAAAAUAUUAAUGUGAAUGCUCCUCCAGUGAAUAAAAACGAUGAAAUAACGCUCUACCAAAUUGGUCGGUACAUCAUCUCCAAUGAAGCUGCUUGGCGUAUUUUUGGUUUUCAAAUUCAUGAACGGGAUCCAGCAGUUGUUAAGUUAGCCAUCCAUCUUGAAACCGAUCAGCGUGUAUUUUUCACGAACGAGACAGCGAUUGAUCGUGCAAUAAAUCCACCUAAAACUACACUCACUGCAUUUUUUGAAUUGUGUAAUCGUGCGGAUGAUUUUGGUGCCUUUGCACGAACAUUACUCUAUUCACAAGAUAUACGUAAAGUGAAUGGGCAACAAUAUCUAACGUAUAAAGAUGCAUGCCUUGCACUCGGCUUGCUAGAAGACGACAACCAGUGGGAAUGCAUGCUUGCUGAAGCUGCAUUGAACUGUAUAGCAAUACAAAUUCAUCUAAUAUUCGCUAUAGUGUUGACUACAUGUUUCCCAGCCCGAGCACAGAUAUUAUGGGAAAAUCACAAAGAUUCAAUGACUGAUGAUAUAUUGCAUCAACAUCGUAUACGGUGCCACGAUCUAACCAUAACAUUCAGCGACGAAAUGUACAAUGAAGCAUUGAUUGCUAUUGAGGAUCUUUGCAUUGUCAUUGCCAACUUACCACUUAGUAAUUUCGGUAUGAAUUCGCCAAAUCAAUCUGCAUCUGAUUUAAUGAAUACUGAAAUGAAUCGUGAACUGCAGUACAGUACUGUAGAAAUGGCAGCGAUUGUUGCCCGCAAUGUCCCACUAAUGAAUGAGGAACAAAGAACCAUUUAUGAUCGCAUUAUGCUCGCAGUUUCAGCUGGACAAGGUGGGUUCUUCUUUUUGGAUGCACCGGGUGGAACUGGCAAAACAUUCGUUAUUUCGCUAUUUCUUGCUGAAAUACUAUCAAAUAAUGGGAUCGCAUUGGCCGUUGCAUCAUCGGGCAUUUCAGCAACUUUAUUGGAUGGAGGUAGAACAGCUCAUUCAGUAUUUAAGCUGCCACUAAAUAUUCAGAAUAACCCUGACGCAGUAUGCAACAUUAAGAAACAAUCGUCCAUGGCCACUGUGCUGAAACGGUGUAAAAUUAUUAUUUGGGAUGAAUGUACUAUGGCACACAAACAUUCACUUGAGGCGUUGAACAGGACAUUGAAAGAUAUUAUAAACAGUGACAAACUAUUUGGCGGAACUCUGUUGGUCCUUUCAGGUGAUUUCAGACAAACACUUCCAGUCAUUCCACGUUCAACAUACGCUGAUGAGAUCAACGCUUGCUUAAAACCAUCUCCAUUGUGGCGUAAUGUUGAAAAAAUACAGCUAAAAAUAAAUAUGCGCGUUCAAAUGCUUCAAGAUCCAUCCGCUGAAACAUUUUCAAAACAACUCUUAGAUGUCGGUGAUGGAAAAGUUGCUAUUGAUGAAACUGGAAACGUAAAAUUACCGACCGAUUUCUGCAUAAUCGCUGAUUCGCAAGAUACUCUCAUUGAAUAA